GCUCUGCCUUUUCGCGUCCCUCGCGGCGAGCGACCGGUCGCGGCGGCGCGGUUCGCUGUGAAGCUUCUCCGCCGGCCCCUACACCGCCGAGCUCUCGCUCUUGGCCGAGAGAAGAUGGUGGGCCGCAACAGCGCCAUCGCCGCCGGUGUCUGUGGGGCUCUUUUUAUCGGGUAUUGCAUUUACUUCGACCGCAAGAGACGGAGUGACCCCAACUUCAAGAACAGGCUUCGAGAACGAAGAAAGAAACAAAAGCUUGCCAAGGAGAGAGCUGGACUUUCCAAGCUACCUGACCUUAAAGAUGCAGAAGCUGUUCAGAAAUUCUUCCUUGAAGAAAUACAGCUUGGUGAAGAGUUGCUAGCCCAAGGUGAAUACGAGAAGGGCGUAGACCAUCUGACAAAUGCAAUUGCAGUGUGUGGACAGCCACAGCAGUUGCUGCAAGUGCUACAGCAGACUCUUCCACCACCAGUGUUCCAGAUGCUUCUGACUAAGCUUCCAACAAUUAGUCAGAGAAUUGUAAGUGCUCAGAGCUUGGCGGAAGAUGAUGUGGAAUGAGAAACCAGUGUCAACAUAAUCUCAAUUAAAAAUAUUUUUUAAAUCUUAACUCAGAAGAUGAGCAGCUCUGGGGGAAUAAGGGCAAAUAGGCUGGUUAUGGACUGUCCUACACUGAAAUCUACCAAAGUUAAUUUUUACUUUGUGUAGAUCCAUUUGUCUGUUUUAUUUAUUUUUCCCAGUGAAAAGUGUAUUUCGAUAGAAAUCUUUUCAUCUUAUAAAUACACUACGAGUUACCGAAAUAUCUGGAUUUAUUUUAUUCCUAAAAUGUGCAAUUAAGAUGUACAUAAAACAUCACAUUACUUACAUUAAAAAUACUCAGUGCUUAGUUUUGAAAAUGUAGGAGAAAGCUGAAGAAUGCACGUUUUUUAAAGCUAGUUCAUUUUGUUCUACAUAAGAGAAUUGGAUGGAAACUUGCUUUAUCAAAACUAAGCAUUAAAAUCUUUGAGAGAUCAUUUCUUUCCUUUUAAUCUUUUAAAUACAUGAGAUGUGCUGCUGUGCUAUAUUAACCCACCUCUGUGUGUAUUUGUCUUGAAAUGUUUUAUUCCAAUCAGUGGGCUUCAUGUGUUAAGGAUAUUUAUCUCCUUGUAUUUUAGAUGUAUGUAGUUGCAGUAGCACUGGGAAUUAAUCUGUGUACAUCCUUAAUCUAACUGUGAGCUUCACCGAUUACUGUCUACCCUCUUUCCUCAUUUAUAAAUGAGGGAAUUGGUCUGCUAAUUCAGAGAAGUGUCCCUUUUAGCUUUUGAUUCAUUUGGUCUAUUUAGGAUCUUCAAAUCCACCUUCUGAAAUGUUUGUUUGGACACCUAGGCCUUGCAUUUUUUUAUACUCUGAAUUUUGCAUGCUUGCCUGACUUAGUAUUUCUGAGUUGAUUCUUACCCCUCCCUUUUUUUUUUUAAAGCUCUAACUUGUGCUGAUUUUCACUGAAAUCAUACGGUUCUGUCACCACUCUCAUAAAUCUGAAACUUUUAGGGUAACUGGGAUGAUAUGCUUGUAAAAUGUCUGUUCCCCUUUGCUUUUAUCUUCAGUGUAUCUCCUUAAUCCUCUUUCAGUCUGAUUCAUUUAUCUCGCUAUGAUGAGAAUAAGGUAUAACCUUGUAACUGAAGACUUGAAAAGAAUGGAGGUGUUCUCAAGAUAGUGACAUGUUAUCUGCAGUCACAGAUCCAACACUGGGCCUAAGAAUAAAGAUCCUUGGUACUUGCUGUCAUCUGUUGAGCUGAGUAACAAUUCCUCCCUGUAUAGGUUGCCUUUAUUCUGUCUAAAAAUCUGGAGAGAUCCCAAAGAUUUUCCUAGGUACCAGACUUUUUAUUUUGUUUUACUCACAAAUUUUUCUUACCUUUGGGGUUUUGUUGUGGCUGGGAUAUGAAGGAAAGCGUUUGGAGUAUGGUUCUAAGUUUUUGCCCCUCUGGACAACCCCUCACCCUUUGGCAGAUCACAUUACAUCUCUGAACUUACCCCCUAGUAUUCUCAUCUAUAAAAUUAGAAUGUCAGACUGGGCCACUCAGACAUUUAAGGACUCUUCCUCAUGUACCUUCCAGGUUUGUGAUCCUAAACCCUUAAACAGUGUGCUUUUAUUUUUGAUAACACCCUGUGUAGUCUUCUGUGGGGAUAGGGAGGUGACCAGUGCAAACAUGCUGGUUGGUCAGUUUUACUACUAAGAUCCCAAAUCCAAAGCAGCACAGUGGUGUUUGGUCAAUGAUUGAGCACAUUGGUAGGAAACAAUCUUUUAUCCUGUGCCCACCUCAGCCAGAUGGAGUGUUGAGGUCAGGGCUGUUCAGGAUAUAGGUCAGAAUUAGCACAUAUGGGAGAAAAGCAAGGGGCAGGCAGCUCGGCAGGGGAGGAAUGGACCCAGAGAAAAUUAAGGACCAGCUGGAGGAGUGAGGGGUCAGCUUAGCUGUGGGGGGCACUAUGAAGGCUGUAUGCUCUGGAGGAUUCUGUAGUUGGAGCUGGGUAUCAGUUUUCUGGAAAAUAAUCAGCUUUGAUCUAAUGCUUGUUGAAAAGGUUGUUACCUUCCCAUUAGAGCUGAUUACCCUGUCAUUUUCUUUCUUAAAUGACAGUUUUCAUAACAAGUGUCACUUCUGAAAGAUGGUCAUUUUGUUAAAAAAAAAAAGUCAAGGUUUUCCCUAGACACAUAAGUGCCGAACACUGUUUCCUGUCUAAAGUUUUAAAUGGUGAUUGAACCAGGCCGGCAGUAGGGGUGAUGUUGGCCAAAUGGUGCUCAGCCCAAGAUUUAGGUAGAGUGGUGACAACCUGAGUGUGCCCACAUGCUAAUGUUGCACUCUUGGGUAAGGUCUUUGGAAAUGGAAAUAUAUAUAUUCGUGCACGUUGGUGUGCUUCCUUGGGAAAGAUCAAUUUUUCGAUUCCACAAUUGGUACUUAAGGUGAAAGCACACUUAAAAUGGACUUACCUCACAGUGUCCUGCUGUCCUGUUAACAGAUGACUAGAACUUACAUUCACACUGAACUUUACCAUGUAAAGUACAUAAAACCUGGUACAGUGGCCAUAGCAGGCACUCCGUAAAUGUUUGGGCCCUCUUACCUUUCAGUACGUUUUUUUUUUAAACCGUAUUUUUGCUUGCUUUUCUGAUGUUGAACCAACUGAUGGACCAGAGUAUUAAUGAAAUACUGCAGAAGAGAGUUGAAGAAAUUUGGUAUAUGAUGACAGGUAUUAACACAAAAUUUGUCUUUGUUGUAACAUUAAAAAAAACACGCAGUUUUAUUAUUGCUUGUGCCUCAACUGUUUUAAGUGAAUAUUAAAGGGCUUGGAGAACA